AUGGCUCGAAGUCAAAACUGGUCACUACUACGACGCCGUUUCAAGACGGCGGUGAAGAAUCUUCUAAAUGCAAGCAAACGGCACUUAGCGUCGAUAAUGUCUCGUGGUGCCAGCUGUUUCAACAGGCAGUCACGGAGCUUUGAUCAUGAUCGAUAUCUAGGGUUGCAUGGUAUUGAUGAAGAAGAUGAAGAAUCUGAUCAUGAGAGUAGUUCGGUUCGAGCUCUUCAGAGAACAAGAAGUUAUGCCUAUUCUUAUUCUGUUGAUGAUAUAGAUAGGCGCGCAGAUAUUUUUAUCUCCAACUUCCGUCGCCGACUUCUGUAUGAACGACAAGUUUCUUUGGAGCUUCGUUACCGUGCAGGAACCUAA